AUGGCAACAUCGCCGGUGAAAUACCACUACUUUCAUCGUUUCUUUACUUACUCGGUAAGGCGAAACGCGUGCGUCGUUCGCUCACAGGCGGCGACUGUCACGGUAUUCUCGAGCCAAGGGCACGGAGUGGCGUUUCGUUGCGUAGUGCCGUGCGUUGGUUUAGUUCUAGCGGUUUCGUGCCGUUGGUACGGCCGAUGUAUGCGUGCUGCGUUUCGUGCGUCAAUUUACCUCCAGCCUGAUUCGAUUCGAGGACACAGCCAGGCGGGGAGUUUGACUGGGGCGGUACAUCUGUCAAAGAAUAACGCAGGUGUCCUAAGGCCAGCUCAGCGAGGACAGAAACCUCGCGUAGAGCAAAAGGGCAAAAGCUGGCUUGAUCCCGAUGUUCAGUAUGCAUAG